CGCGCUUCGUGCGCAGUCGACGCCCGCACGUUUCGGGGGCGCUCUCCGGGCGGAACUGCGGCCGAGGCCGCUUGCACGAGGCGCGAAGAACCCGUAGCCUGUAUAAGGGCCCGGCCUGGCCUGGGAAAGUCUUGAGUCUGAGCCUCGCGGUGACCCCGGGCUCAGCGGUUGCCACGAAAGCAAGACUUCGCCCACGGAGACGUUUCUCGUCCCCGCCAUGUCUCAGUGAUCUCGGGGAGUCUCUGCCUUGCCUGACUCAACCUGGGAGGGAAAUACUGGAGGCGUGGCACUCAGUUCCAAGUUUCUAUACUUCUUUCUUUUGAAAGCGCCAUGCUCUCUCCAGGUUGAAGACUCUUACAUCUUCUGUUUCCUGUACGCACCUCAGACCUGCUCUCUUUUUGUGCGUCCCUAACUCAUAUUCAUCCCUCAGCAGUCACCACACUUGAAAUGAUUUGUAAGCUCUUUGCAGGCCAUCACUUGGAAGCAAUGAGUUUAAAACCCUUCACCUACCCGUUUCCAGAGACGAGGUUUCUUCACGCAGGACCCAAUGUGUAUAAAUUCAAAAUUAGAUAUGGCAACAGUAUCAGAGGGGAAGAGAUAGAAGAUAAGGAAGUCAUCCUCAAGGAGCUGGAGGAUUCUAUUCGUGUGGUCUUGGGAAACUUGGACAAUCUGCAGCCAUUUGCUACAGAACACUUCAUUGUAUUUCCCUAUAAAAGCAAAUGGGAAAGAGUGUCCCACCUGAAAUUCAAAUAUGGGGAAAUCGUCUUGGCCCCCUAUCCAUUUGUUUUUACUCUGUAUGUGGAGAUGAAAUGGUUUCAUCAAAACCCGUCACCUGGGAAACCAAUAAAUGACAGUCCUCUUGGAUUGGAGUCUGGUUCCUCUCUGAAGGUGCCGGCGGAGACGAAAGCAGCAGGAGCCAUGAUGAGGAAACGAGCGCGAGUGGAAGUACCCAGCCCCCUGCACAGGCCAGAGCUGGACAGGGCCAAGAUGGGGAUUUCCAGCCAAGGCCCCAGCAAAAAGAGGCCCCUUAUGGAAACCAGGAGGAACAUGGAAAGAAAAACCAAGCAGAAAUGUCAGGAGAGCCCAACGUUUGAUAUCACUGAUGUCCAGGAACAGGAUUCUAAGCUGGGGGACAGCCUAGUGGGACAGAUCAUCCCCCCAUUGCAGCAAGACAAUCCAUCUCCACCGGAAAGACCCGCAGAGCUGGCAACCAAUGGCUUCUUUGGGUUUCUAAGCUCUCUCUUCCCCUUUCGUUAUUUCUUCAGAAAGAGCAGCCGUGGCUAAAGGAUAACCUGGGAGGAGCUUAGGAGCUUUAAGUUCGGGAUGGCAAGGCCCUGAACAGGGGAAUGUCCUGUCCACGGUCACACGGCAAAGAAGAGAACCCUCAGCCCACAACUCGGCCCGGUCUUGAGCCC